AUGUCGACGAGUUCGAGCUCAAAUUCAAGGACAUUCAAAUUAGAAUGUGGUUGUGGAGACGAACCAGGUUUAUUCACAUCAAAUACCGACCUCAAUCCUUGUCGUCGAUUUCGACGUUGCAUCAACACAGAGAAACCCUGUAGAUACUUUUCUUGGAUUGAUCCGGAGCUUGGACCAUUUCAGAAAUCAUGUUUUCUGAAACUGAAGGCUGAUAAGACAUUGUUGGAGGAGCAAUUAAAAUGCAAGGAAGUCACUGUAGUAGCAAUGGCUGAAAGGGUCUCAUUGAAGAAUGAUGAACUAUUGUAUCUUAAAUCCAAAGCAAAUGACUUGGUGGAGCAAUUAAAAUGCGAAAAAAAUACUGCAGUAGCAAUGGCUGAGAGGCUGAAAAUGAAGGAGGAUGAACUUUUGUGUCUUAAAUCCAAAGCAAAUGACUUGGAGGAGCAAUUAAAAUGCGAACAAAAUAUUGCAGUAGCAAUGGUUGAGAGGCUGAAAAUGAAGGAGAAUGAACUUUUGUGUCUUAAAUCCAAAGUAAAUGACUUGGAGAAGCAAGUACAAGUCUUGUCCAAGAGAAACAUCUUCAGAAACCGUAUUGUGUGUGUGUCAGUUGUGUUAUUUGUUGUUUUGCUUUGUUCCUUGGGUAAAGGGGAAAAUGGUUUAUUGAUGUUGAAUUAG